AUGGGAGUAGGUAUAAGAAACCUGGGAAAUACAUGCUUCAUUGCUGCAACCGUGCAAUGUAUCGUCAGAAUACCAAUAUUCAUGAAUUUUUUGAAUGGACAUAAAAAUGAAUGUAAAACUGGAAAGUUUUGCUGCAUCUGUAUGAUGCAAAGGACUGCCGUGUCAUUAUUUUAUAGCACAGAGCCUAUAGUUCCUAAAGAAAUAGUUGGGAACAUAUCCCUUAUUGGCGAACAUAUGCAAUACGGCAAACAGGAGGAUGCACAUGACUUCCUCCUUUGUCUCCUCAACGAAAUGCAGAACCAGCUGGUCUUGGGUCUGAAGGUCGACCAGUUCAUUGAACGAACUAGUGCCAUAUCUAAGAUAUUUAAUGGGUUUCUCCGCAGCCAAAUUAUCUGCCAACACUGUAGGACUUCAUCCAACAACUACGAAGCAUUUUUUAACAUAAGCCUAGAAGCAGGCAGUGCUGACUCAGUGCACGGAGCGCUGAGGCAUUUUUGUGCAGCGGAGGACAUGGGAAACGAAAGGUGGUACAGCUGUGAUACGUGUAAGUCCAAGCAAAGAGCGACGAAACACUUUACUAUACAUCAGAUGCCCAAUGUUCUCAUCCUACAACUGAAAAGAUAUGGCUUGAGUAAUACGGAUGGCUAUAAAAUAUCCAAACACGUUACGUUUGAAGAACACCUUGACAUUUCUUCUUAUGUGAGCUCUGAUGGAGAUGCUUCAAGACCAAGUCAGACUAAGUAUCGACUACAUGGCAUAGUAGUGCACCAGGGUUAUUCUCUGGGCUCGGGACACUACUAUGCCUACGCUGUUGACCCUAGGGUGCUGAGCCACAAAAAUGGUACAGAAUUCAACCAAUUCAACCAAUAUUCAAAGAGAUGGCUUUAUGCCAAUGAUUCAUCUGUAUCGGUAACUGAUUGGGAGAAUGUGAAGAAGGCAGAGGCCUAUCUGCUUUUCUAUGCAAAAGUGAAUACAGUGAAUUCGCAUAAAAUAGCAACGAGCCCCACGUCUACAGUCACAAAACCAGUCUCCCUUAUCAGCACUCCGGCUCCGAUGCAUGCCACCGAUGAGGAGCAGUCUUUUAGUGGUUUUGGCUUCAGUAUGUCAAUGAAGAAGGUAGCAGGGAUCAACAAGCAUACUGACGGUACGUUUUACCCUAUUAUUUAA